CAAAAUAUUUUUCCAAAAAAGUUUUAGAAUUAUUUUGCAAAAAAAUAACAGAACUUUUAUUAAAAAAUUAUAUUUUAAUAUUUUAUCUGAUAUGAUAUUUAAAUAACGUCAUGGAGAAAAGGGUACCCUAGCUAGAAAAUGGAGAAAAAAUGAAAACAACACUAAUUAUAUGUGUCGAGACACGAUGCUUCACCACACUAAUCUGUGUUGCCCCACCUCACAUUUGGUUCCUAUCCACGGCUCCAUCACAUUUUAAGGGAUGGUGUCGACUCUUCAUGCUGCUUGGCAAAAUUGUGCACUCAAUGGCAGUCCCCUAUGGGGAGGUUGGAACUGGCAACCUGGAUUUGGGAAAAGCCAAAGCGGGAAAAGAGAGUUAAAUAUAAAUGAAAAAGAUGACAAGCAGCAUCCGGCUAAAGAUACAAGAGAGAUAAGAUUAUAUUCCAUGUCGAGCCUACCAUAUGAAAUAUAGAAAGGAGCACGCACUAAAAGAAAUAUGAUGUUCUGUAAUGAAUAUCUCAUGACAGCAAAUAAAAACAUCACAGUUUUCUGAAUACAAAGCAUCGUAAGAUCAUUCCCUCUUAUGAUGUUUUGUAGGGGUCUAUUCGAUUUAGUGAUGAAAAUUUGGUGUUCAUCAUUAUGGUCAGCCAGAAAUCUUCAUAAACUAAUCUAGUUUCAUAUUGUGACAAAUGCUAUUCCGUUUUCAUGGCAACUAGUAAGCGCCACAGAUUUGUGACAAUGCUGGGCCGUCAUAAUUUUUCCAUUAGUUUUUUCAGAUUUUUUGAACAAAUAUUUAUACGGAUCCUGCUCAGAAGAUGAUGUCACACCUGAUGAUGUCACACUUAAACUGGUGCAUCUUUUUCUUGUGCAAGUAGUACCCGGAAAAGCUUUGCAUACGGCUCUCUCCUCAGUUUUAUUGCAAUAACUACCCUAGUACGCACAUGCUUAAGCGAUUCAACCCAUUUUUAUAAAUUGUAGCCGUUAGCAUGGCCUUUACCGAAAUUAGAUACUCAUAGAAAUUUAAUCUUGACACUUUUAGAGAGAUUCCAUACAAAAUUAUUAAUCUGAUUUCCGUCAUUUGUAUGAAAAAAAAUUCAAUGCAACAUCAUAAACAAGCCUAAUGCAAGCACUUGGACAACAAGAUUGAUUCGGCUAGCUAGCUUUCCCUGCAGUGGCUCUACCUCCACGAAAUCGGGUUGAUUUGGUUAAACAUAUGCACACUGUGGUAGUUUUUGCAACAUAGUGAGUGAGUAGGAAUGGGCAUGCGCAGAAAUGACCUGUGGGAUGUAAUGUCCAGAGCCCCAGAUGAUUUAUGGUUUGGUUCUUGCAGUUUUCCUUUCCUCAAGCUAAGGGAGCCUACCGGGCCAUUGGUUUGAGUGCGCGACACGUAUGAUUCGGUAUCCUUUAUCUGGAUUCCCCCGUGUUUAAGUUUUCAUUAUAUUUCGUCAGAUUUGGAUUCCUUUGGAGACGCUGUAUCACAAGAUCAGGGAAAUAUUAAACUGUGUGCAGCCGUUGGAUGGCCAAGCCGGUGUCACGAAACCCUACUACCCUAGACCGUACUAGACUAUAAAUUUGGCCCCGACCAAGGGCUCCCCACUGGCAGCCGCCGCCUGGCAGACCACAGUCUCGACCUGUCUUCCUCCCCCAAUCGACAGACCAGCACCCAGAAAUGGCGGCGUUCCGACCGUAGCAGGUCCCGAGGUCCUCGCUCCUCCCUCAGUCCCUCCUGCCAUGGGUUGUCAGCCCACCGCAAAGCCCCCUGGUCCCGAGCCCCGAUCGGUUCCCUAGCCUCUGAAUCCCCACCACCACCAGCUGCACCUCGAACCCUAGCUAGCUUUAGCGUGUGUGAAUUGUGAGCCCACCCAUGGCGCCGCCGGCAAAGAAGCGCCGCCGCACCCGCAAGAAGGCCCCCGCUGCCGCGGUGGAGCCGGCGGACGGCAACGGCCUCAUCGGCGUCCUCCCCAACGAGGUGAUGAGCUCCAUCAUCUCUCUCCUCCCAAGCGACGACGGUGUCCGCACCCGGGCCGUCUCCAGCCUCUGGCGAGACCUCUGGCUCUCCGCUCCGCUGAACCUCGACGACAGCGACCUCCGUCCCUGGCGCAACGGGGACGGCCUGGUCGACCUCAUCACGGAGAUCCUGUCCACCCACCCGGGCCCCGCUCGCCGGCUCUCCCUCACCAACCUCGCCCGCGUGUCCAGCACCCAUGGCGACGACCGCUACCCCAGCUUCGACGGCUGGUUCCAAUCCCCAGUCCUUGACAGGAUCAAGGAACUCCAUUUCCGCUACCUGUUCAGGUAUUUGAACGGCGACGUAGAUCCACUGCCUCCUUCAGCACUGAGGUUCACGGAUCUGUCAGUUGCUAGCUAUGGCCGAUGCCACUUCCCAGAGAAUCUUGCCGGUGUCAGCUUCCCUAACCUCAGGCAGCUGACCCUGUUUGACCUAACCAAUUCAGAGGCCACCCUUGAGGCGAUGAUCCAGGCUUGCCCAGCCAUUCGGAGCUUGCUUCUCUCAGGUAACAUGGGCUUCCGCCAUGUCCGCAUCAGCUCCCCAACCCUCGUGUCCCUCGGCGUUUCCACCCUGAGAAAUGAGGCAGUCAUGGAGGAGCUCACCAUCGUUGAUGCUCCAAGCAUGGAGAGGCUGCUUCUCUUCGAGACAGAUGGGGGACCCAUGAACAUUGAUGUACAGGGAGCACCCAACCUUCAGGUGUUGGGAUCCCUGUCAAGUUCAAUGCCCAGAGUGCAGCUCGGGAGUACAGUUCUCCAGAAAAUGAUUGCCACCACUGUCAUAACACCAAUGCACACUGUGAAGAUUCUCGCACUUAACGCGGGAAGUUUUGAAUUGAAUACCUUCGUUGAUAUCCUCAAAUGCUUUCCCUGCUUGCAGAAGCUUUACUUUACGUCAUUCGUAAUAACAGAUUUUGGCAAAACAAUGCUGAAUUAUGGUGCACUAUCUAUCCCAUGCCUUAAUACACAUCUCAAGGAAAUAGUACUCAGAAACUUCAGAGGCGGCAAGGAUGAUAUCAAGUUCGCUAAAUUUUUUGUUCUGAAUGCAAGAGUCCUGAGGUUGAUGGAAUUUCGAGUUCCAAUCAGAGAAAGCACCAAGAAGUGGGAGGCUAACCAGCGGCGUAAGCUACCAAAAAAGAUAAACAGAGCUUCUCAAGCUCUUCGAUUUGAUUUUGUGUAUGAUGACUGCAUUUUCAGAAGCUUUGAGGACACAUACUGCACACAUGAGUUAUCGAAGGCCGAUCCAUUUGAUAGCAUGUUUUGAUCAUUACUGUCCGUUGUAGAUGUGCGCUUCGAGCUAAUGAGGAGAUAGAUAACAAACUCUUGAUGGUCAUGUAAUAAAUUUGAGAUGUCUAGAAUCAAUGUCCAAACUUAUCGAUCCUAUAUAUCUAUCUUUUGUGUGAAAGAAUGUAUUA